ACUACGCCGCCGCUAGCCCGGUACGGUAUCGCUAUAUCCCCGACCUAUCGCCCUCGCCCCCCGUUAUACCCGACGAUAACGUCCGCCUACUCGCCCUCGAUAGCGGUAGCGUCCGCGGCCUCUCCUCCCUUAUAAUCCUACGGAGCCUUAUAGCGGCCGUCGACCCCGAUAGCCCCCCUAAGCUCUAUAACUACUUCGAUAUAAUCGGCGGUACUAGUACCGGCGACCUUAUUACCGUUAUACUCGGCCGCCUAUAUAUAUCGGUAGACGACUAUAUCGCCGCCGCGGCGCUUAAGCGCGCUAUUAAAGGUAUCCUUAAGGACGCCGGUUACGACGAGAAUAUCCUGCUUAAGGAUACGUCUAACGGGCGAUACCGUCUGCCUCGAAGCCUGCUAUAUAACCUCGGCCGCUACCACCUUCUUCGGCCCUAUCGUUAUCGGCCCCUUCGGCGAUUCCGGCGCGAUAAGGCCGACCUCGAUAAUAGUAGCCGCUACUUCCGCUUUAACGUCGCCCGCGGGCUAGAGGAUAUCGGCCUAGAGGAGUCGAAGAAGAAGGCGGAGAUUACGGCGGCGACCGGGCGCUACGUCUAG